UUAUGCCUUUAAUAUAUCAGUUUUGACAGCAUCUAUGAUGACUUCAGGCCUGUAUAUUAUCAUCGAAAUCAUUUUUGUGUGAAUUAAAACCAAUAAAUGAUGCGUUUUGUUUUGUUGGUCAUUUUGUUUCGUGGGUGAAAUACACAGUUGUUCACGCUAGGGGGCAGUAACGCUCUCAAAACUAAACUGCUACUAACUCCAAGAAAACGACGACGAAGAAGAAGAAGAAGAAGAAGAAGCAGCGCUGCGAUUUUGCAAACGCAGCCAGAAAUGAUAAAACAUCUCAAACAAAUCUCAAAUUUCCCCUCUACACAUCAAGAGCUGCCACGACGACGAUGUCAGAAGAGAUUAAACACGAGAACGUACCCGUGAGGAUCUCCAGCGGCCCGGAGAUUUCGUCGGGAAUUCAGCACAUCGAUGUGACGUGGAGAGAAACGCAGCCGGCGGCGUACCAGUGCCCUCGGUGUGGGAAGAGCUUUAAGGAUCUGGGAAUUCUGGAAACGCACUGCUGUGGAGAGAAGCCGUAUUACUGCUCGGAGUGCGGCAAGAGAUUCCUCGAGCGCAGGCACCUGGAGCGACACCAGCGCAUCCAUACGGGAGAGAAGCCGUAUCGCUGCUCGCACUGUGAGAAGAGUUUCACCCGAGAGGACACGCUGCAACAACACCGACGCCUUCACACCGGAGAGAAGCCGUAUCGCUGCUCCGAGUGCGGGAUGAGUUUUACACAGCAGAGUACUUUCCAGCUCCACAAGCGCGUUCACACAGGAGUGAAGCCCUAUGAGUGCCUGCAGUGUGGGAAGAGUUUCCGGAGGCAGGACACACUGCAGCAGCACCAGCGCAUUCACACCGGCGAGAAGCCUUACCACUGUUCCGAGUGCGGAAAGAGUUUCAGACAGCAGAGUCACCUCCAGCUGCAUCAGCGCAUUCACACAGGGGAAAAACCUUACCAGUGUUUAUAUUGUCCGAAGAGCUUUAGCGACAGUCGCAAUCUUAAAACGCACCAACACGUUCACACAGGAGAGAAACCGUAUCACUGCUCACACUGUGGACUGAGAUUCACUUAUUUGAGCGUGUUUAAGACGCACAAGUGUGUUACAGCAGAGGGGUCACACGUGAAGCUGUCCAGUCAAGAAAUGUAACUCUUACUGUGUUUCAUGAUAGCUCUUGUGUUGAGCCUCGACACAUGUUAAUGAUAAAAUUUAUCACCACAUGUAAUCCAUCAUGAUCUGGCUCUCUGGUACACAGCGAGGACCAGGUUAAGGGUGAAAACAAUGGCAUCUAAUGUGAAAAAAGGUCAGGGACGGGGGGAUACAAUGUAAACAUGUGCACUUCAUGUCCAAAAGUAUGUGCACCCCUCCCUAUCUGUCUGUGCUUUGUUAAAUAUCCCGAAUUCCACAUAAAUUCCCCCUUUUACUCCUAUAAUAAGCUCCAGUGUUUUCCACUAGAUGUUGGAUUGCGGCUGAUGGGAUUUGUGAUCAUUCAGCUACAAGAGCAUUAGUGAGAUCAGACACUGAUGUUGGGAUGUUUGAUGAGACUCCAGUUCCAGUUCAUCCCAGAGGUGUUGAGUGGGGUUGAGUCAGAGUCAGGGCUCUGUGCAGGACACUGGAGUUCUUCCACUUUCUCCAACCUUCACCUCCACACCAUGUCUGUGUGCUUUGUGCACAGCUGCGUUGUCAUGCUGGAACAGGGUUUGGUUGCAAACAGAAGAUGUUUCAUACAGUUGUGGAUACAUUUUGAAUUCAAAGGGAGUUGUGAACAUUUUGAAGAUGCUUUAUUAUAUACAGCAGGUGGCGAUUUUUAGUUGUUUAUAUUCUUGAAAACCUUCUCCACACUGUAUUUGCUUUGCUGUAAAGUAUUUUAAAUAGGGCUGUAACGGUUAGUCUGCAUCACCAUCAUUCUUUAUGAAAGGUGUCAGUGUGGACUUAUGUACGUGUUUAUUUAAGUAUUUACAGGAAUAUGAUCGCACAAGCCUCUGUUUUUUGGGGUAGAAUGUAAUUCCAUAGUGAAGUCAAUGGGACAGAAGCAGCACUGAUACUAAUGCAGCACACAGCGUCAUGUGAAAAGCUGUUUUCAGCCUAGCCUCAGACUUCAUGCCAACGAAUCAUCAGCUGAACUGAAUUUGAAGUUCAGUAGUUCAGGAGUUUGAAGUCGUCAUCUAAUUGGUUGGAUUGUACAGGAUUUCUGGGCGACGGUUCACCUGGAAACAAAGCUGUUGUGAAGAAAUGUUACGAAACUGUGACAAAGAGCACUUAUGAGGAUCAGCUAAACGCUGGACUUUUCCAAAUGAUGUAAAGUUCACAGACUCGUUAAUUUGCACGACUUUUUUUUUUAAACAAACCAUCUAUGGUCGCACACCAGUCUGUUUUUUUUAACGGACUUUACAUUUUCAUGCCUUUAAACAUAAACAAAAUAAACUGUGAUUGGUUGCUUUACAUGUCAGUCAGACCCUCUUUUUGGCGCUUCCUUGGCCAAUAAAUGGGAUGAGGAAGCUUAGUGGUUAAGGUGUUAACUACUGAUCAUAUGGUUGUGAGUUCCAGGACCACCAAGCUGCCACUGCUGAGUUGUAUAAAUGCUCAGUUGUAUAAAAUGAAAUAAAAUGUAAGUCGCUCUGAAUAAGGGCGUCUGCUAAAUGCCAGAAAUGUAAAUGCAAUAAACGCCACUU